CAUUCGAUUGCGUUCAGUUCAGUGGACCACAGCCAGCAAAAACAAAACUCAUAAUUUUUGAUAAUUCAAAAUUUGGUUACACCGAAAAUGAAAAUCGCAUUCGUUACUUUGUGCCUUGUAGCAGCCGUUACAGCUAUUCCUUUGCAACAGCAGCGACUGAAACGUGAUGUCUCCGAAAUUGUAGAAGAACCUUUAAACGAAUACUUGCCGCCAGCAUCUGAGGCUGCUGAACCGCAAAAUAUCUAUUUGCCACCCGUGGAAUCGGUGUCCGAACCAGCAGAGCCAGUUGCUGAAGAAGUUCCAGUUGCAGAAGUUAACAGCGCCGUGGAACCUGAAAUUGUCGAAGCCGCUGCCGAAGCAAUACCCGAGUCCACCGUCCUCGGCGAAAAUGGCUAUGAAUACCGCACUGUGCGCAAGCUUCGGUUGCGCCAACGUCGUGAUGUCUCACAUUUAAAUCUGGGUUACUUGCCACCGGCAGCAGCUCCCAAGCUAGCAAACAGCUAUUUGCCGCCCCAUUUAGAUGUGCCAGAGGAAAUUCCACAAUUGAAACUUGCCAAUGAAUAUUUGCCACCUGUACAUGACGAGCUCCCAGUUGAAGAAGCCACUACGGAGGCAGUUAAAACUGAAGCGCCAAAGACAGAAUCACCCACUACUGAGGCAGCAACAACUACAACCGAGGCACCUACUACAACCGAAGCAGCACCUGUGGAGUCAGCAGUAUUCGCAGAUGAUGGAUACCACUAUAGAAAGCCAGCAGUGUUGCCAGACUUGGGUUCGUUGCCUUUGGUUAAAGUAGCUGAGCCAGACGCAGCGCCAGAGGCUGUAUCUCAGCCAGAACAUGUGUACGAAGCGGAAAUUGAGGCAGAAUCCGAACCAGCGGUGGUGCAAGAGCCCGAGCCCGUUGAAGACUCCGAGGCAAUUAUUGCUGCUGAGCCUGAAAGCGCUUAUUUGCCUCCACUAGAAGAGGGUGUGGUCGAAGCUGAUGGUCCCGAGGGUGAGUCAGCUGCAUUGCUUGAUGAUGGCUAUCACUAUCGCGUGGUCAAACGUGUUAGAUGAUUUUAGACCAAAAUAAGUACAGUUAUUAGAAUAUUAAGAUGUCUCGACUUUAUAUUACUAUUUUUUUCUUAUUCAUAAAUUGUUGACUUGUUUUUAGCACACAUUUUCAACAAACAUGCCAACACGUAUAUACUUAA